AUGGAAUCACUCCAAAACACUUGUAUACAAGAGCUGGCGAAUUGUAUUGAAGAUUCUAAAUUCAAAAGUUAUGCAAAACUGAUUGAUGGCUUGCCAAGCGGUGAAAAGUAUAAAUAUCAAAUCACCCCGGAGCCGAGCAACAGAAUAUUCGAGAUUCUUACCAAGGGACCUCUUCGAUUCUCAUCUGAGACAGCGAACGAGAUUUCGAAAGUUUUCAAUGUGACGAAAGUGACACUGACAUCUCCAAUUGUUAACGAUGCUUCCAUUGAUCUUCUGCAAUCGUUCAAUUUGGUAGAGCUGAGGUUAUUGAAUAUGAAAGAGGGGAGAACUGAGGAUCACAGAUAUGGCUACAAAAAAAAAUUCUUUGACAUCAUCGCUGCUCUCGACUCGAUAUUGAAUUCAAAAAGCCUCAAGAGCCUACGCGUUCUAAAAAUCGAUGGAGAUCACACCAAAUUUAACAGUGAUUGGAUUGACCAGAUAGCAAACGUGCUUGGUCCAGUUCUCCAACAACUUGACAUCAACUUUUGUCGUUUACCUCCGAAUCCAUUCAAAACGGUCUUCAAUCGUUUUCCGAAGCUCACAGAACUCCAUGUGUCUUACUCAAACUUUUCAUCGAUUCAGGGAUUAUCUCAAUUGAAAAAUCUGGAGAAACUGUCGCUUGCUGGCAUACCACUAAACAACGCUGACUUCAAAGAACUCUUCAAACUGAGAAAACUGCAAUUUUUGAAUCUGUCAGACUUCGACAACGAUAGGGUGCCGACUAUAAGUUUCGUCGAGUAUUCUUUUCAAGAAAAACGAAAUACACCUCAUCCCGAAUUGAAGUUUGUGGACAUUUCGGGUUGUGGGGGCCAUUUGGAGAUGGGUCACAUAGAGAGAUUGGUUGAAAUUUAUCCGAAGUUGGAAACAAUUGGAUUGAUUGAUCACUUCUUCUUCGCCGACGACAAUAUUGCGAUCCCAGGUGUCAAACUUCUCCAGGAUAAUACUCUCGAGCAGUGUAUAGACUCUCUUGACUAUUACUUAAACAACUGGGGAUUCCAGCGUGAAACUAUCGGCACGAUAAUCAAUGGUAUCGAUGUGCAGACAAGAUGGCAACAUGAUGAUCCUAUUCCUGAAGAGUUUAUGAUCCAAUAUCUAGGCAAAGUAAUCGAACUCAUAGAUCAUGGAGCGACAUUCACAAGCCUUCAAAAUUAUGAACCACUUGGUAUCUUGACACAAUUAGAUAGUGACCGUCUUGAAAGAAUCACCCCUUCUCAACGUCGCUCUCUAUCCAGAUACCUAUUGGCACUGCAACCACAUGAUAAUCAGAUUUCCGAUUAUUUCCGUCUGUUCGAGCGAUGCUUCACUAGCGACGCAUUUCUUGCUACACCUCAUAUCAAUUACAGUAUGGUCUGUAACAAAACGAUCGAUUUGGUUCUUCGAGAAGUCUCAAAGGGAGGAUCCGAUAGAAAACGUGCCCUUGGAAUGGGAAAAUCGAUAUUAAGCAAGUGUUUGUGCAAGAUGUCUAGAAAUGAUGAGACUUUUCGAAAAAAGAGAUUCGAUGGCUUGUUUAACUACCUGAUGACUGGCUCUGACCAACGCUCCCGUCAAGCAGCUCUGGAUAUCCUCGUUCAUGUCUUCUCAUUCUCCACUAAUCGGCGCAUGGCCAAAAAUCAAAAAGUCCAACUGAAGACUGAAAUCAUGGACUGCAUUGACGAAUACAGGCAAGAUGGUUCAAUACACAUUCGGAAUCUUCAGCGUUUUAUGCAAACAAAUAACACGUCAUCUGGAGUAAAGAAUUGGAUUGAUCGGGUGAUGACGAAGAUGUGA